UCGGGCAGUGAAUUUGAGCAAUACCGCGAGAACGUGACUCGGAGAUUAUACAGAGACUAGAAACAUAAUUAAAUUCUUAAAUCAUAGAGAAUGGUAAUCGAUUGAGAGUUGUUACAAAGAAGCACAAGUUUUUCUCACAUUUCACUGAUUUUAACCAGACGGGAAAGCCUCUGGUCGAUCUCUUUUCUUCAGACGAGCCCAAAAAGGAGAAACUCACUCUCGCUCAUUUAUUUUGUUCAACUUUUAUGCUCUUCCUAGGCCGGCAGGCAGUUGGCGAAGUGCAGCGAAUGACGUAGACGAUCGAGCCCCAGCUGAUCUAGGAGCUUUGGAACCAAAAACUCAACCAACCACCUUCACUUCAUUUUUGAUUCGAUCGUCGAGGCGUACGAACGCGUGACCACCUUCGCGGGCGCGUGCACAUGCGGGUUAAACAGCAUCUAUAGUGUAUGCUAGUGAUUGCAUAAUUUUCGCGGGUUUUAUUUCUAAGGUUGUAGUUACUCGGAUGACUGGCGAUUAGCUAAUGUUUCAAAUAUCGAUGAAAAACGGUGCUUACUUUGGAUUAUCACGCAUAUUGGGCAGGGUUCAGCAGCUGGCGAUAUCCCGUUAGGGUAUGUGGUUCAACGAGUGAUGGAAGAAGUUGAGUGAUGUUCCAGCGAAGUUAGUGUUCAACAGAAGAAUGGUGUGCACAUAAUAUCGUUCGAAAGGAACUGUUUUUGUGGAUCGUUUCGUCAACAGUUACUGUUACAAAAACGGGAACAAUGGUGAUACCAGGAAUCCCAUUCGUGAAACUAGUCCCGUUGCUGGGAGGAUCAGCGCUGAAAGCUGCACCAGCCGUGACCGCGGUCACGGCUACGGUCGCGGCUGCCAUCAAAACCGCCACCACAAUAGUGGGUGUGGGAAAACUUGCCAUCGUACCGAUACUGAUAGCAUCGUUAGCUUACUACAACUAUGACCUGUUUGACCCAGAGAAUCGACCGUUCAACAUGAAGCAUGUAGAGCGAGAGUACGAUUUCAUUGUCGUUGGAGCAGGAUCAGCCGGCGCAGUCGUAGCUUCGCGGUUAUCAGAGAUCAACGAUUGGAAAGUGUUACUGCUGGAAGCCGGUGGCCACGAAACGGAGAUCUCUGAUGUACCGAUACUGUCCCUAUAUUUGCACAAAAGCAAACUGGACUGGAAGUAUAGGACCCAACCCCAGAAGACAGCGUGCCAGGCAAUGAAAGAUAAUCGGUGCUGUUGGACUCGUGGAAAAGUACUCGGUGGAUCGUCCGUUCUCAACACAAUGCUGUACGUUCGAGGAAAUAAGCGAGACUUUGAUCUCUGGCAAGCUCUCGGCAAUCCAGGCUGGGGCUACGAAGACGUACUACCGUACUUCCGGAAAUCAGAGGACCAACGUAAUCCUUAUCUAUCGCGGAAUAAGAGACAACAUGGAACAGGUGGUCUUUUAACAGUUCAGGACUCACCCUACUUGACACCACUAGGAGUUUCAUUCUUGCAGGCCGGAGAAGAGAUGGGCUACGAUAUAGUUGACGUCAACGGGGAACAACAAACUGGAUUCGCAUUCUUUCAAUUUACGAUGCGGCGCGGAACCAGAUGUAGCGCGUCCAAAGCGUUCCUAAGACCGGUGCGAAAUAGGAAAAAUCUGCAUGUUGCGUUGUACUCCCAUGUCUCGAAAAUAAUUAUGGAUCCAAAAAAUAAACGAGCUCUGGGUGUGGAGUUCAUCCGAGAUGGGAAGAGAGAGGAUGUAUAUGCCACCAGAGAGGUCAUUCUGUCGGCUGGAGCUAUUGGAACUCCUCAUCUGAUGAUGUUAUCUGGAAUUGGACCGAGAGAAAACCUGGAGCAAGUAGGAAUUCCCGUAAUUCACGAGAUGCCAGGAGUUGGUCAAAAUCUUCAAGAUCAUAUUGCAGUAGGUGGGUUAGUCUUUCGAGUGGAUCAACCCAUAUCGGUAAUCAUGAAUCGACUGGUCAAUUUGAAUUCUGCAAUUCGAUAUGCGGUAACAGAGGAUGGACCAUUGACGAGUAACAUCGGACUGGAAGCGGUCGCAUUCAUCAAUACAAAAUAUGCCAACCAGUCGGAUGACUGGCCAGAUAUUGAAUUCAUGUUGACGAGCGCUUCUACACCGUCCGAUGGAGGUGAUCAGGUUAAGAAGGCCCAUGGUUUGAAGGAUGAAUUUUACGAUUACAUGUUCAGUGAAAUAAACAACCAGGAUGUUUUCGGUGUAUUUCCGAUGAUGUUGCGACCAAAGAGUCGGGGGUUCAUCCGCUUACAGUCGAAAAAUCCACUCAGAUAUCCAUUGCUGUACCACAAUUAUCUCACACAUCCCGAUGACGUUGGUGUGCUGCGCGAAGGGGUCAAAGCAGCCAUUGCAUUCGGCGAGACUCAAGCGAUGAAACGAUUCGGCGCCAGAUUUCACAGCAAACAGGUGCCGAAUUGCAAGCAUUUGCCGGAGUUCACCGAUGAAUACUGGGACUGUGCCAUUCGUCAGUACACAAUGACAAUUUAUCAUAUGAGUGGAACGGCAAAAAUGGGCCCCCGGGGAGACCCGUAUGCUGUGGUGGAUAAUAAACUACGUGUUCAUGGCAUCAAAGGACUACGGGUAAUUGAUGCAAGUAUCAUGCCCAGGAUAACUAGCGGCAAUAUCAAUGCACCCGUUAUUAUGAUUGGCGAAAAGGGAGCCGAUCUAAUCAAGGAGCUGUGGCAUCAAGGGGUUUCUUACAACAAUCGUCGGGGGAAGCGAGAACGCGACCCUUUGGCAAAUGUUACCAGUGCUAGCACCAAUGAAACUACCACCGUUAGUACCAAUUCCAGUUUAGUGAACGAAAACAGCAUUAGCUAGGAUUAAGAGAACUCAGGUGUGCGUAUCAGUAGUUAAGUUAGACCAAACACCUCGGUAGGUAGUAACAGUCCAAAACACCAUUGCAAGCGUUUGUUGUUUUAUUCGUUAUAAUGUUUGUCACCAUACCAUCCGUGCCUACCCUGAACAAUGUAUAUAGUUUAUUUCAUAUUAGAAUGUAGCAAACGGUAUGUUUCUCACGAGUCUGAAAGUCAUUUUGUAAAUUACUUGAAAAAUGUAAAGUAAUCAUACAUUUAUAUGAUGAUGAAAAUGACUGACUAUUUAAAUGUUAAAAUGUUUGAUGUGAGACUGAACGAGAUAACAUGAGCAAUAAAUUAAGGUUAUGUGUUCACUUGUAUGUUCCUUUCAUUAAAAACGGACUUCGAAUCAAUGUUAAUACCUCGUGUCUUACAGAAAGUGAAGCAGUCAAGCGAAUAUCCAAAUGAUUGGUAAUGGAGA